AUAAGUGAUUAUUAUAAUUGUGUAUUUUAUGAAUACAAGUGAUGUUUGAUACGUUCAAAGCGCAAUUUAGAUUAAAAUGGCGUCAAUAUUUAGCAGCAUCGUUAGCAAGCUACGGCAGCCUGUGCACGGGGAUGUCCAUGGGCUGGACGUCCCCCGUGAUGCCUCUCCUGAGCGGUCCCAACAGUCCCCUGCAAGAAGCGCCUUCUCACCAGGAAGAGUCCUGGAUCGGAUCGCUCCUGGUGCUGGGCGGUCUCUUCGGUCCCCUCAUCACGGUCCCCCUGUCCAAGCACGUCGGUCGCCGGUGGAUCAUCAUCGCCACUAAUCUACCACUCCUCCUCGGUUGGCUGUUAGCUGGUGUGGCCACCACGUUACCAACGUUGUACGUCGCGCGGCUGAUGUGGGGAUGCGCUACAGGGAUGAUGUUCGCCACUAUACCGCUCUAUAUUGGCGAGAUUGCUGAGGACGCAAACCGUGGCGCACUCAGCGCGCUAUUCCUCCUCUUCAUCAACGUUGGCUUCCUGUUAGCGUACGCCAUUGGUCCGUUCGCAUCCUACUGGGGCCUCACCGCUGCUGGCGGGAUCUUGUCUCUAUUCUAUGUGCCCUUUACCUGGUUCAUACCCGAGACGCCGUUCUAUCUGGUCUGGAAAGGCCACAUAGAAGAAGCCUCAAAGGUGCUCCAAAGCUUACGAGGAACAUCAAAAGAUGCAGUACAAGCAGAGUUGGACGGACUGCAGGCCUUGGUGGCGCGGGAGUUCAAGGAUGAACCCAGGAUUAAGGACUUAUGGGCUACCAGAGGCAACGUCAAGGCAUUAGGUAUCUGCGUGUUCCUAGCCAUGUUGCUGCAACUGUCCGGGAUCGACGUGUUGCUGUUCUACAUGGAGGAGCUGCUGAAGAAAGUCGGGACCAAGAUGUCUGCUGCCAACGGGACCAUUCUCAUGGGCUGUGUCCAGGUCAUAACAAGCUGCAUCACUCCACUGGUGGUGGACAGGCUCGGAAGGAAGUUCCUGAUGUGGACCACUUCGCUCGGACUUACCAUUUUCUUAUGCCUGAUCGGAGUGUACGCCGUGCUGGACUUGCACUUCAAGGUGGACGUCACCUCGUUCGCCGCGGUACCACUCGUCUGCCUCGUCUUCUACAUGAUUCUAUUCACACUGGGUGUGGGUCCAGUGCCAUGGAUCCUAGUAGCGGAGAUGUUCCCGGUGCGGACCAAGUGUCUCGCCAGCGGGAUCGCUUCCUUCAUGUGCUGGCUCGCCGGAUUCGUUUGGACCAGGUUCUUCCGCGAAGUAGAAGCAUCGUACGGUAUCUACACGGCGUUCUGGAUCCUAGCCGUGUGCUGCGGCUUCGGGUUCAUAUUCUCCGCGGCCUUCCUGCCAGAAACCAAGGGUAAAACCUUCGAUGAGAUACAGGCGAUGCUUAACAAAUCUAACAAAGAGGAGGAGCCCAAACCAGUUGAUGUCUAGAAAAUCUAGAAAUAAAUAGAAUUAUGAGGAUUAUUUUCAUAGGUUUUGUUGAUAUCGAAUACCGACUGCCAUUUGUUAUAUCUAAAACAAGCUAACAAUUAUAAAUCUUUGGAAGCAUGAAGAUUACUUUGACAUAAAACUUAA